ACUACUGGGAUGUAUUUGAUAACAGGGCGGGGUUUGCUUCUCUGCCUCUACUGGUUAGUAUUACUUUAAAUAUGCAACAUCUGCUCUGCUGGUGGAGAGGUCCCAUCUGCAUGCAUUUUCAGUGAGAUCACUGUGCGACCCAGGCAGUGCUGAGGCACCAGGUUCACAACAGCUGUUCUGUCUGUGGAGAGCUCUCCUUUAACACACAGCCACAAGUUGCUCCAGUUGAAGAUAAGUGUUUUGUUUUUUACCUCUUUGGUGAGUAUCAAACAUGGAAGGUUUCCGAACAAUCCUGAAAUUCUUUAUGAACCGGAGAACUGCUAUUGGCUACAGCGUUAUGGCUCUGCUGACACUGGGAAGUGAACGUGCAUUUUCUCUUGUUGCUUUCAGAUGCCCCUGCAGCAAUGAAAACUUCAAGUAUGGUUUGGUUUUUCUCUUCUCCCCAGCUUUUGUUUUGCUUGUUUUUGGAUAUUUCCUGAAUAAUAAGACCUGGAAGCUCUUCACAGGCUGCUGGGUGAACCCCAGAAAAAUAUUCCCCAAAGGGAAUAUCUGCCAUUUCUUCAUCAUCUUUGGACAAAUCACUUUAAAUGCCCUGGUAGCCCCAGUGAUGUGGCUUUCUGUGGCUUUGCUCAAUGGGACUUUUUAUGAAUGUGCCAUGAGUGGCUUAAGAAAUCCUGCCUACUUAGAUGCAAUUUGCCACAACAAAUCUGUGAAGUGCUUUGAGGAGCUGCACAAGGUGUCCUGUGGCAAAAGCACCAUGUCCUUUUCAGAGAGUGAGGAACUCAAGCUAACACUGCAAGCACACUCCCAGAUUUUAGGUUGGUGUGUGAUAGUGGCUGUGGCUCUUUUCUCCCUGCUAACCACUUGCUGUGCCAGCUGCCAGUCGAAAGUCAGCCAUCUCCAGCUGAUGUUCUGGAAGGUGUAUGCUGAGAAGGAGAAGGAGCAACUGGAGCAGACCUUCCAGCUGUAUGCCACCAAGCUGAGCGAGCGAAAUCUGAAGUGUUUUUUUGAGAACAGGAAGCCAGAAGUUAUGCCCCUGCCAGCUUUUCAGGCAUGGGAAGAUGCUUCCCAGCUCUACACUUUCAGCAGUAGCAAACAGCAUUAUAGCACAAUUCACAGGCUAGUUGAAGAAGGCCGGAAAGAAGUCAGCGAGGAAAGAGAGACAACGUAUGAUUUUGUAGACAGAAGGGAAAUACCAUAGAUCACAUAUAUCUUUAGUCUUUCUCUACUGUGCUAAUAUAGCAUACUUCUAGCUUCUUUUAUCUGUAUUUUUUUCACAGUGGCCCUUUUCUUCAUGAUCACAUUCCCUCCCAGUUUCAUCUUGCAUUUUUUGUUUUAUGAAAUGAAAUUACUUCUGUACAACAGUGAAAAGACUGCAGUACUCACUAGCUCUUCAGGCUCACGCCAUGCUGAUAUCGCUGGCUUCGGAUCAAGUAACAACAGCAAAAAGGAUUGACUAAUGACUUGAGAGGGUUUGGACAAUAUCCUAUGUAAAAGGUGCCUAUAGCACACCUGUCCUAUAUAAAUCAAAAGGGUAUUAUAAAGCAAUGCAAUUUGAAAUGGGCAUAUACAAUAAUAGAAGUGUGUUGCUUUCUGACAGUCCACAGAAAGUAAAGGUUUUGCUACCAGACUGUUUUCAGUUACAGGAGGUUUUGAGGCACAGAGACGUUUGGCUACUUGGGGCAUCUCAGUAUCUUUGGUCUCCGGUUGCACGUAGAACACCACAGACAGUCUCCUUGAUAACUGGUCCUCCUUAUGCCUGGGAUGUCUGUGGGGGACAUGGAGCAGUGAUUUCACUUAACAGUGAGAUGCCAGGUAAUUACUGGGACAAAUCUUACAGUCAAAAUUUUAGGUACCAAUAAUUUUGAAGGGCAUUUCUGACGCUGCAUAGAGCCAUCAAUGAAUACUUGGCCUGCAGCCAGCAUGUGGCAGAGGGCUUAGAAGUUCCAUGUUUUAAGAUGACAAAAUACUUUUGCAGAGGGCUGAUUUUUGUAUUUUUUGACAUCAUAGGAAAUGUAGAAUGUGUCUGGAGCCAGAGAUGCAAGCAGGCCAGGCAGGUGGGGCACAGUCCUUGCUAUGGAUAAGGCCUCUCACUCCACAGACUUUUGCUUCACCUCACGUACGUGUAGUGUACAACAUGGCUCUCACAUAGGGUGUCUGAGCCUUUGCAGAUGCUAUAUAAAGGAGGCAGCACUUUUCUGCCAAGUUCCUCUCCUUGGAAUGACUGGGUGGGCUUUUAUGCAGAAUUUUACUGCCAGUCUCCCUAAGUCUGCAAAGAAUCAUAGUUUUGCACAGCUCUAAUCAAGCUCUUAUCAACAAAACAAUAUACACUACCCAACUCUUCUCAUACACACUGUGUUUCUUAAGAAGAAAACAAAAAUCUAUCUACAUUUAUAGAUCAUGACUUUUUUAAUGUAGAUAAUUCCACUAUCUGCUUAGAUUUUUUUUUUUCCCACAUAUUUCGAAUAUCUUGUGGUCUUUGAGAAAAAGUUUUACUGUUUUUUUUUUCAUCCCAGCUGGCACACUUUGCAGCAGACUUAGGUCAUGUUACUCACCUCAAUGUAUGUGCUGUAGCUAAAAGCCCAGAGGCAAGCCUGCCAAAAUGAAAGUCACAAUAGCAGGCGUAUCUGGCAAGAGUAAGACAGACCUGCAGUUUGUCACAGAACCACAGCCUUUCACUUCAGUAAAUCCAUGGCAGGAAACAACCAGAGCAUGAAUGAAGCUCUGAGUAUGUAAUGGAAGGUGUGAUUACAACAGGCAGGAAGAAUGCUGUUUGUACAAGCCCAUAUCAUAGGUCUUCUGAUCUCACUCACAAAACUGUUCACAAACUAAGCUUUAUUUGUGUAAUGGCAGGGGGGUUGGAACUAGAUGAUCUUUAGGAUCCUUUCUAACGUAAACUAUUCUAUGAUUCUAUGAUUCCCUUUGAUUUGUUCUCUUUACUUAUUUUCUUCUGACAUUCAUACAAUCAGUCUCCUACUGAUCUUGUAGGAUUUUGUACCCUGCUGAUGAAGAUCUUUAUUAUACGCAGUUUAAAAGGAGAAACAAAACUUCUCUCAGUCCUUCCAAAAGAAUCAAAUACAGGCUUCUACUUCAUGCCUACUGAACAAAAAAUUGUUUCUACUGUUCUGCUAAAUUUCACUUCCCAAAGCUGUCUGUUCACCUCACCAACACCACAGAAACCCAGAGCAAGCAAGGAUGAAACAGGGAAUGCACUAAGUAGAUUAAUGAACUGAUAUUUGAAUAUAAGGAACAAGUUGGGUUAACAUAACAAUGAGUUCUCUACUGUUCAGUAAGAUCUGGGAUACAAAAAUUAAAGCAUGUGUGGAAGAGGGGGGAAAGGUGGGAGGAUCAAGUGGUCCCACCUCCAGUUUGGACAAUCUUUUCUUCCACAGGAGGUGGAAGAGGAGCACUCCCCUCACCCUUCCUUUGCUGCAUGCUCGUGGGUGAUUUGUAUUGAGAGUGUGAGGAGAUGCUGGCUGCAGCUAUCAAUCCUCUAUCCUGGUCUGCUGAGGACAGGCUGCACUUAACAGCCCUAUGGCAUAAAAGAUCUGGUGGUUUUGGCCAGCCAGCUACAGGGGGCUGCUUCUUCUGCAUUCCCUUUUCCCUGUGCCUCAUAGCAUGGUCUCUACCUUGGAAGUACAGCUGCUGAAUCCUCAGUACUACAACAUGUGUCUGGUUGGAGCAUCAGUACAUCACUGAACUUUGUUUUCAGGGCUGUGUUAUUCUAGCUCUGCUGUAUUUCCAAAAUGUCUAUGAUUUCAUGCAAUUGCCAUGUGGUUCUUGGAACACUUCUAUCAAAACAGACAAAAAUAAAAUACAGUUUGACCUAUUUUUUCCAGCUAGAAUCUGAUUUUGGCAAAUUUAACUCCAUUCCUAAAUCAGCUAUCACAAAAAGCUGUUUUAUUUCAACAUUGCCACCGAAUUAAAGUUCAGCAGCCAGCACAGAAGAUCAUUUUCAAUACUAUCAAAAAAAGUGACAAAAAACCCCAGCAGAAUUGACAUUUUAUCUCAGAAAACUUAGAUUUUUCAUUAAGUCUGAUGCCUGUCAAAUGAGUCCACAAAUAAACAGACAGCAUCUGGUCUUUUUCUAUUCCACAUUCUGUACCUCAAUUUACUCACUUCUUCCCAUCAGUGAGAACCCACUUUUCUCAAUUCAUUUAUCUUACCUCUUUUUCUGCUAUCUGCUGCUCAAAUUCUAAGUCUUAGUUACACCAGAAGAACAAGAACAAGACUAGUUAAAUGUGCUAGGCCCUCACAUUCUUUUGAUGUAGUUUCAUCUGGGCUUUGAGUUAAGGUAUGAAAAAUCUUUCAAAAUUCAAUUGUUAGAAUUUCUGGUAUAAAAGGCAACUUACAUGAGAACUAUGCAAAUCCAGUGGCUGGUUUGCAGUGCAAUAGAACACAAAAUUAAGGCAAAAUUGAAAACUAUAUAGUGCAAAUUGUUUAAAUGUCUCAGUAGUACAAGUAAUCUAUGUGCAUACAUAAAUAAUUCAACAAAUAUAUAGGAAAUGAGGAUUUUUUUGUUUUGGUUUUUUUGUUGUUGUUGUUUUGAAGCCAGGCUAUGACUGGAGGGAAGUUCCUUUAAAACUACCAUGCACAGUUUCCUUGUGGUAGAACAAAGGCCUCUCAGUCUUUCUUUGGGACUCCAAAAUUGAGUGAAGUGAAAUAAAUAAACCAUUUCAAAAGCUA